CUGUCAAAAACAAAAACAUUUAUGUUGAUUCGUCUCCACGUUCGUCAUGUCGCUAGUGAGACGUGCGUGAAAAUUUACCAGAAUAGUCUAUUAUUUGGGACAUAGAUUCAUGUUAAAACAAGAAACACAAUGAAGAACCGACCUUUGAAGCACAAGGCUAAAAAUGAUUUUCAGUUCAAAACCUUCGCCGAGCGGAUUUCGGAAGUGGACAUCCGGCGGUCCGCGUUGUACUACGUAGAGCAUGAGAACGAAGCACUUGACGAAAAUCAGUCGUGCUUCCAUCAAACGAUCCAGAAUUGGAGUUCCCUGAACCUGACGGAAGAGUACCAACAGCGGUUCCAGGCGCCGGUCCGGGGGUUGAUAACCUUACCCCAGUUGCUGCACCGCAAAGAGUUUGUCCUGGAACACGUGCUACAGUGCCUGGACAACGCCACGAACCAUUCCUUGCAGGCUUUGCUGGAGUUCGUAGUCGUGCUGGCUAAAGAUUUGAGGGAGGAGUUUUGUCCAUAUUUCCUGCGCUUUUUCGACAAGUUGAUUAUGAGACUAGACAGCAAGGAUCCCGACCAGCUCGAGUGGACGUUGAUGUGUUUGGCGUUUCUGUUCAAAGUCCUGCGAGGAUUUCUGCGAAAAAAGCUCGACUUGGUGUUUGAGCGCGUUGUGAAACUGUUGGGUGAAUCGAGCCCACUUCAUAUAACGAAUUUCGCUGCCGAAUGCUUCAGCUUCAUUGCACGUGAUGUGAAAAACAAGCGUGAGCUGCUCAACAUGAUUACGGCGGCGGUCAAGCGAGAUCCCUCAACGACCAACGGGUGCGGAAGGCUGCUGUUUGAGAUAAUGCGAGGCGUCAAUCAGGCAUUUCAUAGCUGUGCACAAAAGUGCUGGCAGUUGCUGUUGCUGGAGGCGAUGCAAGAACCAGCGGAUGGAAAGGCCGGAUUUGAUCCGGAUAUUCUGUUUGAAGUUUUGGUGCAAACCGUGACCGAUAUGCUGGAAGCAAUUUCCAGUGCACAUCUGCAACCAUUCUGGACUACCGUCUAUCAAGCAAUUGAUAAUUUAGUACCGGAAGAUGGAGCCGUAAGCAACGAAAGCGCUCUCGAUCAUAUUCUACAGCUGAUGGGAAUUGUCGUGGAAUAUCAGCACGGAAGAUGCGUGGCCAACACUUCAACGCUAGUAGGACAUCUGGUGAAGAUUAUUAACCGCACCAAGUCGGAGCAAGUUUUGGCUAGCGUUAGCAAAAUCGUUAUCCUGCUGAUGCUCUCGAAGCAUGCCAAACUUACUCAACUAGAUGCGAGCCGGCUAUCGAAGAAUAUCAUGACCAUCGGAUCCGCGUCUCGCGCCGUGUUUGAACAGUUUGUGCUGGGCGUCGCCGAAUAUCCGAUGUUUGAGGUUCUCAUUUGGCCAGAUUAUCUGAAAUAUUUCGAAAAACAUCUCGACACGGACAGCUUGCACCUGCUGACUCAAGUCGUCAUGAAGAAAUCACCCGUUUGCAUCCACGGAAUGUCGCUGGCCGAUUGGAAACAGUUUCCAAUAAAGCUGAGGUCGAGCGAAGCUAGAGACUUUAUUACUAGCAGCUUGAAUGAUAAGACGGGAAGUGAGUUUUCCAUGGCUUUGAUACUUUUGCCGCACUUGGUGGAUUGGGAAUGUGACGUCGUGAUUGAACGUAGUCUCAAGAGUCACGUUCGAGCUGUGUUGAGCAAUCUGCGGAAUAAUCCGGAUGAUCAUCAGUAUUUUAUGUUGAGCUUGCUGAUCCAGUGCUUGGUUAACCUUGACAAUGGCAUUACAGACAUUCUCCUGGAGACUAUCUAUCAGCUGUUACCGAUCAUAACUCCUCAAAAGGAAUCACUGAUAAACAUCGUUAAUUUGUGCCUCGCAAAACUCCACGCGUCCAAACAACAACUGCUGAGCGAUUCGUUGUUCAGCGCUGUCCACGCUAGCUUACGGCCAUUCCUCGCAUCGGUUCAACACAAAAUCCGCCUGCUGGUGACACACUGCUUCACGCUGUUCAAUCAUCUUGACCGGCUGACCAUUGCCGGUGAAAGCCACAACCUGUUCGAGUUGUUGCACGCGAUAGAAAGCGAAGAGUCAACGAUCCACACUUACCGAGAGCAAGUGAUGUUGUUGAAGAAGCUCGAGUUCAAUACCGACCUUUUCCAGAAGCUCAACGGCGACGAAGCGUUCCGUAUCGAUGCGUUGCGUUACGUUUUAGCACUGUUUUCAGUGAAUUUCAAGCUACUUUGGGAACCCUCAUGCGAAGUGUUGCAAACCUACGCGGAUGAAUUUGCCGUGGGAGAUUUUUGGGUGCCGUACAAGACGCAACUGGACGAUGUACUGGAAAUUGUUGUAAAAUCGGGCGAAGUGCACUCGUCCAACGUGGACCAGGACCAACCAAGGCUUCUGUACGAACUGGAGUGUCAAUUUUGGAACAGUUCCGCGGUGAAAAUCGAUUUCGUAAACUACCGCGUCAAGCUGCUUGAUGCACUCUCAAAAUUCAACCGGAUAUUCGAAGCGAAGAACCGUGACAUUGUGGGCGCUUUCUUCAACUUUGUCGGGAGCGAAUAUCGUGUCAAGCAGACCCAGUCUGAACAACAGAAUGCCGCCACGCCAAAGGCCACUCAAAAAAUCCUCAUCGCAUAUCUGAACAUCUUUGCCAAAAUCAGAAACCCCAAAACAAUCUUCAGAUCCAAGCAACUGUACGCCUUCUACGAGGAACUGGUCGUCCAUCGUUGCUUUGAGGUGCAGAAACUUGCCCUGGAUUGUAUCUUUACCUACAGCAAUCCGGCGCUGACGCCGUACAAAGACAACCUGUACCGCCUGACCGCGGACAAGACGGUGAAGCAGGAGAUUCAGACUUUUUUCAGGGAUGAUGUCGGCGGGCUGCGGUGUGUCGUUCAGGAUGAACAUAGAGCGGAGGUGGUACCGCUGCUAAUGAAGAUUGUUCACACGAAAAUCACACAGAAAGUAACGCCACCGGAGUUGAAGAGCGUUUUGCUGCGGUUCGUUGGAAAUUUCCGCGAAGACGAAAUCAAACAUUUCAUCAGCAUGUCUUUUGAAUACUUUGAGAAGCUGCUCCAAAAAGAUCCCCUCGAGACGUACAAAUUCAUCGAGGCGAGCGAUCGGUGCUUCGAAGACGACCUUCCCGUGCACCGGAUCCAGGUCCUCAUGAAGAUGAUCGACAGCAUACGCGAUCAGUUUGCCGGGCUGAAGGAUGCAAACUUUGUCCAGUACUUGCUGCACAUCAAGCUAUGCAUGGACACAAUUCUUCUGCGCAUGGAUCAUUCCGCCGUGAAACAGCUCAAAUCGCAAGCUUUGCUUAAUUUGGUACACUUUUAUGACCAUUUUGUUAGCCACGAAUGGACGGAUGCGGAAACGGAAACGGUCUUCCACGUGUACGUAUGGCCACAGCUGGAACGGUUCGAGAGCGAUUGCAUUCAUUCGCCAACCCCGCUGCUGAAGUUGUUCAUGGUUUGGAGCAAACAUUCGCGUUACUACCCGUUGUUAGUCAAAACUAAAGACUCCGAAUCUUCCCCGCUCAUGCGCGUUACGAACCUCCUUUCCGGGGAAAAGGCCAGCGAUACCAUUUGCCAAGAGGUGUGCCGAAUGGCCGUCUCCAUGAUCGCCGCCGACACGGCGCCCGACGCAGAUCAAGGUUCGCAAUUACUUCAGCCUUACUUUACGCUUCUACUUGCGCACGUCGAACGGGUCAUGAAGCGCAAACGUUCAAUCAACAAGGACCUGCUGCUGAUACUGUCACACGUGGCGAAACACGCCAAAGAGGACCUCAUGUUGUGCGAUACGCUGACGAGUUUGCUGCUUCCGAUGACCGUCAAAAAGAUAGCCGUCCCGAACGUGGACGCCGAAGUCGUGCUGCAGAUGCACACGGCACUGUACGCACUGAUGGGGCAAAUCUCGCGGCCGGAAAGGUACCUGCGUCAGCUGGGAAUACUGCUGGAGAGGGUGAGGGAUUUGGAGGUCCGAAAGAUCAUCUGCCGGUUGAUCGAGCUGAGCGCCAAAAAAUCAGGCCGUGCCGCAACAAUCGAAUGCGCCCAGCACGUUGCGAAUAUGAACGCAAUGGACCGCCGGUGGCUCGACCAGCCCGACUUUGAGCGUCGACUGAACACGUUCCGCGCGAUCGAUAAAUCCAUCCAGGCAGGUCACGUGGUCGACCUUGAGCAGACAAUUCUGCUGGUGCAUCAAUGCUUUUUCUUUCUGAAAACCGACAAGGACUUGGCAAUCCGGGACAACGCAAAUCAGUGCCUGCGGAAGAUUGUGAUUGGGGCGAUCAAACGGUACGAGGGGGAGUCAGAUUGGAAGGACGAUUUGCGCUAUCUGAUCGAUCGGGUGAUUUUGGCUGCGUUGAUGAAAGGCAUUAAGGACAAGAAUGAUACGACUCGGAACGAAAGCAUCCAGCUGUUGGGAGAUUUGGCACGGGAAUGCUCCACUGUUUGUGGCGUCUUUGCCGAUUUACACCAGUUGACAAGCCGAGAAGAUCGCGAGAUUGACUUCUUUGAUAAUAUUACCCAUCUGCAAAUCCAUCGCCAUAGGCGUGCGCUGAACCGGUUCUGCAAGGUGGUUCCCAAAUUUGCCGUACCGCCUUCUACGCACACGUUAGUGAACUUUGUGCUGCCGAUCGUGUCGUCGUACCUGGGCAACGAAAAGUACCGGAAAAAGUCGAAGCUUACGGAGGCCGCCGGUAACUGUGUGGCCACCGUGGCCCGGUUUCUGCCGUGGCCGAGCUACAAAGCAUUGCUGAAGCAAAACUUGUACAAGAUGAAACACUCGCUGGAGUACCGGAAGCAGUUGAUCAAAGUGGUGACUGGACUGUUGGACAAUUUUCACUUUGAUUUGUCCACGAUGGACGCCGCAGACGUAUGCGAUAUGAACGGAACCGUGCAGGUGGCUGCUGAAAAGAACGAGGAAAGCGAUGACGAGGAUGGCGAAGAUGAGGCAGUGGAAGAACAAAUGCCGGAAAAGGAAGCCGCAAAAGAAGUGACAGGAACGAUUGUCAGGGAUAUUUCUUCGUUUUUGAUUCCGGAUCUGUUUUCGGCAAUCAACUACAGCGAGAUUCCAGAUGGUAUCAAGUUGAAUGAGCGAAAAGACCGUUACAAGCGUGAAAAGGAGGAAAUGUUGAAGAUUCCGGUUGCGAUUGCCAUUGUGAAACUGCUCCAGAAGCUGCCCACCUGGAUGAUAGAGCGCAACUUGCCCAAAUUGUUGAUUCGUGUGAUUAAUUUUCUUAAGUCACGACUGAAACAGGUACGAAAUGUGGCCCGCGAAACGCUACGAAGCAUGCUGCAAUCAGUGGGGCCGACGUUCCUGCCGAUGGCGCUUGAUAACCUUGCCGCAAUCCUGAAACGAGGCUUCCAAGUGCACGUACUGAUGGCCACGGUGCACACCAUCCUGGACGCCCUAAAGGAUGCGUUGACAACGGAAAUGGUGGACAACAUCCUGCAAAAAGUGGUGAGUCUGUGUAUCAACGAUAUUUUUGGAACGCUUGCCGAGGAGAAGGAACUUGGAUCCGUCAAGGGAAAAACGCCGGAGGCAAAACCGAGCAAGAAAAGUUUUCUCAUUUUGAACAUCUUGGCAAAACGCAUGAGUGAAAAGUCGACUCUCGAUUUGAUCCUCCCGUUCAAAGAUAUAAUCGCCAAAGCAAUCUCGCGAAAGGUUGUAUCCAAAAUUGAAGAAGCGCUGGGCAAAAUAUCCGAAGGAAUGAACGCCAAUGAAAACAUAAGUGUCGAAUCGUUGCUGAUAUUUGUGCAUGGAGUCACGUCAGAGAGCAUUCCAACGCUAGCCAAUGGCGAAGAGAAAGGAUCUAGGACGCCAAAGUCAAAGGACAAGGCCAAAUUUAGAGGACCGGACAUUUACAUCAUACCGGCCGAACCGAAACGACGCGGCGCGUUCAACCAAAUCGCGCUCGUCACAAGCUCAAAGACGAACGCUCACGUGUUUGUGGAAAUGGGACUCGAUAUUCUGCUCACGCUUAUCAAACAGAAACAAACGCUCGUCGAUGGCUACAGGUCGUACCUGGAACCGUUGGUACCCAUUCUGGUGGAAUCGCUGAACAGCAACCACACCAAAGUCACCGUCCUUUCGCUGAAAAUUUUUUCCUCCAUUUGGGCAAGCAAGCUCGAUUUGUCCAGCGUGCAGCAAAGCGUUGCCAAAAUAACCGACAGCGUGUUCCUGCUGCUGCACAAAUACGCGACGGCCGUCGUGGCCAAGAACGACGAAAACUUCCAGCUCGUAAAAUGCAGCUUCAAAGCCGUUGUGGCGUUGCUAAAGUUUGUAAAAUAUUUCACGCUCAGCGAGGAUCAACUCAAAACACUGCUGCUGUACGUCGAGCAAGAUCUGCACCAUCCGGACCGGCAAACGAUGACGCUGAUCUUGCUGCGGUCCAUUCUGGCCAGAAAGCUGAUUGCGCGCGAAAUGUCCUCGGUCAUCAAGCAGGUUUCCACACUUAGCAUCACAAAUUCCAAUGCUAAGAUAAGGGAAGAAUGCCGACAGGUUGUGCUUGAAUAUCUGAUGAACUAUCCACUCGGAAAUAACGUCGAGCAAACGGUUCAGUUUUUCGUCAGCCAGCUUGACUACGAAGAAGUUGGGGGACGAGAGUCGGCCGUACAGAUGCUGCUGAUGGCGAUCAAGUCCUUCCCAAUGAACGUCCUCAACAAAAAGGCCACCUUCCUGUUCCUGACCGUUGGCAUCCGGUUGGUGAACGAGGAAUUCUCCGAGGUUCGUGCCUUGGUCGCGCAAUGUAUUGAAGUCUUGCUCGCGCGAGUCCCAAAAGCGCACCGGGAUGAACUGUUCAGCCUUGCGUUGGAAAUGCUCGCCGACAGAAAACUUCAGCACCGCGAACUGGCCGCUCAGCUCACCAUCCGGAUGGUAAACGUGGAGCAAAAAGCUUUCAACGAGAGGUUAGACAAACUACUUCCCGCCUUGCUUCUUUCGGUUUCCGACGUCGAAUCGGCUGGAGUGGGGAAAUUUGUUCGGAUGAAACUGUCGACAGCCGAGGAUGAUACGCAAGGCAGCAAGCAGAAACUCAAGGAUCACUCGCUGGUGCAAACCCUAAACGCCUUCAUCAAAAUUGUCGAAACGUGUCCAGAGUUGUUGUCCAACGAAAAAUACGACAACUCCCUUGACGAACUUGCGUACAACCUCCAGCUUCUGCUAAGCCACGAUCAUCAGUGGGUUCGAUGUGGCUCGUUGAAACUGCUCGUCGUAAUACUACGAUCGCUCGAUUCUGAACUGGUGGGCCAAAUUUUGAACGGCGACGAGCACUCCGGCUCUCGACAAUUUAUCUACUGCAACCCCAUCAAGGAACUGAAAUCACUCACGUUGGACCUGUGCACCCAGCUGAUACCGGCGGAAACUGACGAUGAAACGGCGUCCCUUGUUACGGAGAGCAUGCUCUUAAUCGCAAACUGUUUAAAGGAGGUCCCAGUGACGGCGACUGAGGCCACCAACUCCAAAGCAGUGAACCUGCCCUGGUUGAUACGACGAGUUCGUUACGUAAUCCAGAGCGAAAUCACGAAAGCGCCCAAAAGCAGCGCUCUGCGACAGCAUCUGUUCCACUUCAUCGAAGCGCUGGUUGAGCUGCUUGACGAGGACAUGCUGCUAGCGCUGACGCCAUCGAUAAUAUCUCCGGUGGAACGCGAGCUUAGCGACGAGGAUCAUCUGGAUCCGAACCUCAAGGAGAUCGUGGUCAGGCUGGGACGGCAAAUCAAGGCCAAGAUUGGCGACGAACGGUACGACAAGAUCCGCCUCAAAGUGCAAUCAGGACUGCAGGCGAAACGGCUCGAGCGCCAGCAGAUGAUAGCUUUGGAGAAGAUCAAUAAUCCCAUGCUCGCUCAAAAGCGCAAGUUCGAUGGUAAAAGGCGAAAGAUGCUGACCAAGAAGCGAAAACAAGAAGCGACCUUCAACGGUGCGGGAGAUAGGAACAACAGAGGACCGAGUAGUAGAAAAACGAAACAACGACGCAUUGAGGAUCUUUUCGACAAAUAGGCUGGUCUGGUUCAUUGUUUUGUUUUAUUCUUAAUGUGAAUAAAAUAUAUGUUUGAAACGAA